CAUUGGCAUUCACAUAUUGAACCUGCGCUUGACUGGAAGUGAAUACGCUUCAUUCAACCACUUUGUUCUUCUCGCUUUGCUCUUCUCAUCGUCUUCUUAAAAUCCGUUGCUGUUCGGCGUGUUCAUCAGCCUCUUUGCUUAUCAAGCAGGCUACUCGGCUUCAUUCGUCUCAACCUCCAUCGUCAUCGCCAGGCAGAUUGCCGUAAAUUCGAAGCUGUCCUAAUGGUACCUACCUUGAAGCGCAAACGACCACAAGUCUCCUAUCGCGAAUCCAGUCCGGAAGAUGAGCAUAGUUUCGGUUCAAAUCGUACAUCUGAAAGAUCCGACAGCAGCGACAUCGACCCGUCUCCCCGUCGGUCCUCGCGGAAGGGUUCUAAGCCUUCUUCCCAGGUCUCAUCGACCCGAACCCGCAGAACUCAUGCGCUCAGGAGACCUGGUAGCAGUCGACCAUCAUACCGUGAGCCAAGCUCCGAUCUUGAUGAUGACUUGGACUUCGCACCCGUCCAUGUUAGCCCCAUAGACCAGCCACGGGCAAAAGGAUCUAGAGUCCACAACAAACCCCGACUGAGAACCUCUCCUCAAAAGUCUUCGUCGCAGAAUACUGCUUCGCGGUCGAAACGUGCAAGUCGGAACACAAAUAACAUAAGAGGCUCCGCCAAAUCAUCUGCAAAAGACUUGCAGAAAGAAUAUCCGUCGUCUAAAAUAAUUAGUGAUGGUAUAAUACCUGCGUGGACAGAACUACCCUAUCAUAUUCUUUUACAAGUCUUUGUAUAUGCAUCAUAUCCGAUAAGUGAGAACACUACAUGGCUCCUGAAUGUGGCGAGACUGCAUCAAAAUUUCCUAGAACCUGCUCUCACAGCUUUAUACCGAUGUCCCCCUGUAACUACGCUCACCAAAUCUCAGCAUAUGAAGCUGCUGAGUACCCUUCUCGAACCCACAGAAGGCCGUUUGUAUAAUUACAAUGUUAAAGUUCAACGUCUGGAAUUGGAUUCUACCAACAUGAUGAACUACAAUUCUCCGCAGGGUGGAAUUUUUGACUUAUCAGGGCUUGUGUCAAGCUUACCACAACUCAAUGCGCUGGACAUCUUCGAUCCGGGUGAUAAGCCUCCAUAUCGGCGGCGGAAGUCUGUCCGAUGGCACUAUCCAGAUGCCAUGUUCAGCGCUAUGCAGCGCAAUGAGGUUCACCUGAAGAGUUGGAGAUGGAACGCAUUGUUAUUGUGGACCGACCAAACCCCUGCAUGGAUGGCAGAUUUGCAUCAAACCACACCUUUCCAAUCCGUAUGUCAUGUUACUUUCUCCAAUUUUACUAUAGAGGAACGGGGCGGGUCGAUGGAGGAAGGUGAGCAAGCACCUACACGCAGCGAGGCUAUGGCAUCGGCAUUGUCCGUACUACCCAAACUGCGUGGCCUUGCAUUCGAGUCUUGUACUCUGAUCGAUGGCCCAUUCUUGGCUGUGUUGCCAAAGGUCCUCUCCAGUCUAAAUCUGACGAACUGCCUGGAGCUCACGGCCGAGACACUACAGAUCUUCCUCGACACACAUGGCGGCAAUUUGAAAGAGCUCACGCUUAACCACAAUCAAGCCCUGAAUUUGUCAUUUCUCUCGAACUUGAAGACGUCGUGCCCAGUUCUUGAAAGUUUGACUAUGGACUUGAACUACUAUAGCACCUUCACGACAUCUAACGAUGCCGAUCCAAAGUAUGACGAGCUUCUCAGUCCUAAGAAUAGACCUACUUGGCCAUCAACUCUGCAGUAUCUUGACAUGAUAUAUCUUCGAAAAUGGACAACCGAAGCGGCGGAGACAUUUUUCGAGUCAUUAGUAGAUUCUGCGGCGCAAUUGCCAAAUCUACGGACAUUGAUCCUCAAAGCGACUGGCAUUCUGGACAUCAGCUGGCGAGACCGAGCACGCUUACGAGACGAGUGGGUCGCGCGGAUGCAGCGAGUAUUCCUCGCACGACCAGAUCCUCCAUCUGCUCACCUUAUAUCCCUUCGCGCCUUUCGCGAAUGGAAACAGGUUCAUAUCGGUACAAAGGCCAGCGUCGCUCGAGAUGGCCCCAAUACUCCUCGCCAAUCCAGCAACACAAAGCGAAUCAGUCAUGUGCAGGUCACACCCGGCGGGCAGAACCAUUCAUCUGUUGUGGACAGUGAUAGUGAUGUUCCGAUUCUUCGUCGAGUCCGAGAACAGUAUUCAACCAAACGUCGACUUCGACCGCGAACAGCAGCAGCAGAGCCCCUCGUCCAAUCAAAUGAUUCGGAAGACGAGAAAGAAUCAGCUCCACGAGAGGAAGACUUCAUCCAAGGUCUCUGUACUGUUGUUGACGUGGUUAUCGACAACAUUCGUCCCCGUGAGGAGAUAUUCCAUGAGGAGGAUUUUCUGGAUGCUGAGAUCAGUGGCGACGAGGAUUGGGAUGAGAAUAGUCCUAAUGAGUUCAAUGACGCUGGUUAUGCUUGGUAGUCAUGACCACCGACGAAGAAACGACUUAUUGCACAACGGACGUAAAUCCUUGUGCUAGACAGACUUCAUCUUAUUCAUCAUAUAUAUGAUAAUGCAAAGAUACAUCGAUACUUUCAUGGACUAUGCGGGCU